UCUUUCUCUCUCACCGUUUCCAAGUUUAAACCUUUUACUCACUGUACUUGCCUAAAAGUUCACAACUUUUUUUCAAUUAUUUUAAGUAAAUCGACGAACCCCAUUGUGGAAGGAGGAUCUGCAGUGACCGAGCAUCAGUAGGAAGACGGACCCAGAUGAGAAAGCAAAGGGCGGAGUCGGGUUCGGAUACGGGUCAGGCCAUCCAACUGGUAUACACAGAUGAGAAUGGGAAGAUGAAGACGGACCCGGAAGCAAUCGGCGCUCUUCAGAAGCUUAAGGGUCCUGUAGCCGUUGUCUCUCUCUUGGGAAAAGCUCAACAUGGCAAGAGCUUCAUCUGGAAUCAGCUUGUUAGCAGGAGCGUUGGAUUUGAAGUUCAGACUCUUCACAGGCCAUGCACUGGAGAUAUAUGGAUGUGGAUUGAGCCUGUGAAGAGGAUUUCAGAAGAUGGCACUGAAUAUAGUUUAGUCUUGCUCGAUGUCGAAGGGGCUGACUCAAAUUGUAUAAUGGCUUCGCGCAGUAGUCAGAUAUUCGCAUUGGCUAUCCUCCUAUCAAGCGUGGUUAUCUAUGGUCCGACACUUGGUGUAGAUGACAUUGCACUUGAUCUCUCUCGUCUACUUGAGAUUAGCAAGCACGACCUCGACAACGUUGGAGAAGCUAAGGACAACAUUACAUUUUCCGGGCUCGGGCAGUUCUCUCCCAUGUUUGUACAACUUAUGACGGACAUUAACUCAGAAACAGUGGAAAGUGGAGAAGGUGUAACUCAGAAUAACAGAGUCGAAGCCCUACGUCCUCAGCUUCUCUACGGUGUAAAUGAUCUAGUGAAGUUUUUCUCUGAGAGAGUAAGGCCUAAGAAAAGAGGUGAUAGUACCAUCGUCACAGGCCCGCCUCUUGCUGGUUUCACUAAGUCUUUUUCAGAAAAUGUUAACAACAGUCUCGUGCCUAAAAUUUCUUCUUUAUGGCUGUCUGUAGAGGAACUAGAAGGUAGGAAGGCUCGUGAUACAGCAACUGAGGUAUAUAUGUCGUCUUUGGAGCGUGCAGAGACUCCCGAAGAUGAUUCGAUGCUAAUAGAAGCACACAACAAGGCGGUUAUCGAAGCUUUAACCUCGUUUUGUGAAUCUUCCAUUGGAAACGCUCAAGUAAAACAGAAAUACAAAAGUGAACUUUGGAGUUUCUUUGCAAAAUCAUUUGAGGAUCACAAGAGAGUGGCAGAUAUGGUGGCGUAUUCAAGAUGUUGUACUGCUAUAGAAGAUAUGGGCAAGAAACUAUGGGCAUUGCCUUGUUCUCGUGAUGCUAAUAGCAGCGAUAUGAUCAAGGCCCUUGAAACUGCUGUUGCAGAGUAUGAAGUAUCUAUAAAUGGUCCUAUGAAGUGGCAGACACUUUCUUCUUUUCUGAAAAAGAGUAUACAGGACAUUUGCGUCCAUCGCAGAGGGGAUCAAAUGGAUGAACUUCUUUCAGAGAACUCCAAACUCAAGCUGCAACACCGUUCCAUGGAAAGCACGAUGGAUCUGCUCAAGAAACAGCUUGAAGGAGGAGGGAAAAUGAGGAAGGAGUAUCAGAAGCAACUCGAGGGGGCCAUUGAUGACAUGAAUAAGCUCUCAGACCAGUUCAAAAACCGGAUUCACGACCUGGAGAGUAAAUGCAAGUCGGUUCACGAUGAACACUCAAAGCUCAUGGAGGUGCUCGGGUCUACAAGACUCGAGGCUGCUGAGUGGAAACGCAAGUACGAGGGGACGUUGGAUGAGAAUGGAGCGAGCAAUGGUCGAGUAGUAGAUGCAAAAGCCAUCGAUUGGAAAAUUAAGUACGAGAACAUUAUGAGUGAGCAAAAGGCUGUGUCAGAGAAGAUAGCUGAAAUGGAAGAGAGGUUGAAGCAAGUUUCAGCCGCGGAAGAUGGGAUGCGAGCUGAACUCUCCCGUGUUUUGGAUGAAAAGGAGAAGGUGAUCACUGAGAAAGAUGCAAAGCUUGCGACUUUGGAGCAGCUACUGUCCUCUACACGUUCUGAACUAAAGAAAAGUGAGUUGAAGGUGAAGGAAUGUUGUAUGGAAGCAAAAGAGUUAAGACUUCGAGUCUCUGAUCUAAAUGAGAAGUGCGAAUCGGUGAAGUCCGCAGCAGCUGAAUUGCGUGAAACUGAGACGCAUGCGUUAAAACAGGAGAGAGAUUAUUUAGAGGAGAAGCAUCUUUCGCACAUGGAGGAACUUGGAAAGCUCUGUCUUCGGCUAGAAGGUGCGGAAAGCGAGGCUUCGUCUGCUAAGAAACUUGUAGAUUCGUUGAGAGUGGAAGCUGAAUCAGCACGGGAUAACGAGAAAAGUCUCCAGGCGUCGCUUGUGGAGAAGUGCAUCGAGAUUGACAGAGCUAAGAGCCGUAUCCAAGAGCUUGAGAAGGUGUGCUCGAAGCUCGACAGUGAAGCUUCAGCAUCUAAGGAACUUGUGGAGUCGAUGAAAAGGGAAGCGGAAGCCUUACGGAUGAAUGUGAACGAGCUCCAGGCAUCGUUGCAGGACAAAUGGGUUGAAAUAGAUCAAGCUAAGUGCCGCGGCAUAGAAGAAGAAGUCGAAAAGAUCAGCUUCAAGCUAAAAGAUGCGGAAGAAGAAGCUGCAGCGGCCAAAGAGCUUGCGAGUUCGAUGAAAACAGAGGUGGAAUCAGCCCGAUGCAACGAAGGCAAGCUCCAGGCGUUGCUGCAGGAGAAAAGCAUGGAGAUUGACAGAGCUAAUGAUCUUAUCGUAAAUCUGGAGAAACAGAAGGUGGCACUGUCUGAAACGUUGGAGAAAAGAGCGAAACAAAACGAAGAAGCGGUUGCUGAGUGGCACAGAAUCAUCAGCUCCGAGAAGGAAAAGAACAUGCGGGUGGUGAAUACGAUGCAGCGAGUGGACUCUUUUAUGGUUUCAGAUGAAGCAACACCACUGCAGCGCGUGAAGCGUUUGAAGGUGGAAGCAAGUAUAACCUCUUCGGGUUCGGUUUUCGCGGGAGAGACAGAAGAAGAAGACGCGGCUUCACAGGAGAGCGGGAGAGCUAUGAGUGCAAUGACACCGAGAAGAUGCACGAGCAGCACUGGAGGUGGAGGAGCGUCGUCUUCGUCCACAGGCAUGGAUCAUUCGAAAUACACGAUGAAGAAGCUGAGAGAUGAGAUACUGAAACACGGGUUUGGAGCUGAGUUGGUUGGGUUGAAGAACGCUAGAAAGAGCGUGUUGGUCGAGCUCUACGAACGAUGCGUUCUGCGUAAGUAACAGAGGUGACAACAUGAAACAAAAAAACAUAACUCUCUGUUCUUGUUUUUUUUUUGAAAUGGGCAAGUAUCAUAUAUGGGCUGGCUUGUUAAAAAACUUUCGAACCUUGUGAAAACACUGUGAAAUUUCCCUUAUUAUAUUUUCCGAAAAUGUUAAUUUUAGUAGUAA